ACAAUCCCCACGUGGCUGUAACACGGGCCGCCGGGACUUUUACAAAGCGCUCUUUCCGCCAUGAGCCGGGGAUGCCGGGGCCGGGCCCUGCCCCCAAGCGGGGCCGCUCACAGCCUCAUCCGUGGGGAGCCCCGCCCGGGGAGAAGCCGCGCUCGGGCCGCUCCAGCCACCUUAGGCCCGCCGUAGCUUGGGCUUCGAGGUGAUGGGCUCGGCCCCCUCCGAGCUCUGGGGGAGGAAGCCUCCUUGGCAUCCUCCCAACGUGGCCCCGGAGUGCAUGAUGGGCCCUGAGUAUCUGGAGAGGGAGCAGUCUAAGAUGUAUCCUGGGUACGCCAACAUGUACCACUACCGCCCGUUCCCGCUGGGCCUCGUCAACCAGCCCAGCUACCGCGGCGGCCCCGCGGCCCCGGGGCUCCCCCUCCAGAGGGGCUUCCGCCACGUCCCCAGCAACCACGGAGCGGGGACCUCCUCUUCUCUGCUGGAUUCCAGCGGGGACUUCAGACAAGGCUACUACCCUCCGCUGCCUCAGUUCAUCCCUCCGGGCUUUCUGCCGGGGAUCCACUACAUCCCCCCUCCUCUCCCGCUGAACGUUCUGGCCGACACCGCCAAAGAAUCCACCGCCACCCUGACCGACGUCUCCGACUCGGCGGUGAUGUGUGAGCACAGCCAGCCGUCUCCCCAGGAGCCGGCCAACUGAGGGCCCGGGGUCCUCAGGGCCCCCCCCCCCCAGAGAGGGGGCAUUGGCCCUGGCUGCAGCCCCGGCGGGCAGAGGGAGGGGGUCUCCCAAUGGGGGCUGAGGGGCGCAGCCCAAAUGUCAGCUUCAGAGAAGGCUCGCUGACGCUGAUGAUUAGCCUCAGAAAUGGGGUCCAGUUCUGGCCAGAUGGGGGUGGGGAAGAGAUAGGAGAGGCGAAGUUCCCCCGGGGAGAGGGGGAGGGGUCUGGCCCAGCUUGGGACUACACCGGGCCAAGAAUGAAUUUGGUGUUUCCCCGGUCGAGGAGGAAAGG